UGAUGUUUUCAACUCGUAUUGAAUUUUAAUUCAUUGAAAGUAUGUGAUGGAAAAAGAAACCCGUUCAUUUAUAAAAAUUAAGCUUAUUCAUUUCAUUGUGCAUUUCACUGUGGGUCCCGUUGUAUUCAGAGCCAUCAUAUAUCUUUGAGUAUUUUAAUUUUUUUUUGAAAUGCAGGGGCGGAUUUAAGAGUUUUUUAUAGGGAAACGGGGGAGGUCCAAACUUUGGUUCAGAAACACUGUGGAAGCCUUUUUGGUGGAAAAUAACUUCUUUAACCACAGUCACAGUUGUAUGUUAUAAUUGUAAUUUAACAUCAGUUUCACUGGCUCUUAAGGUCUACAUGAAUUCUGCUCAUAAAGGUGCACCAUUUGCCAGGGUGCAUUCUGCAAGACUUCCACACCAAAAAAAUGCCAAGGCUUUUUAAAUUCCUCGCCAACAAUUGUGGCUUCACUGCUCACUGUUAAAAGCUUAGCCACGAAAAAAGGAAAAAACCCUCUGGUACCCAGGGUACUAAGCGCCUGGCAAGCAGCCAUUGGGAAACGUUGGACUCAAACGGAUCAUAUACAUGUAAGAUACCCGUUAUUCAGUAUGGGAUGAAAUGGUGAUGAAAGGAAGUUAAGAAGCCGUAGUUAUCACACCAAGCCGCCUUACACAGUUAAGCAUUUAUACACUAGCACCAACAAAUAUAAAUGAGCACACUGCUGUAUGCCAAAAACUUCAAUCCCAUGCCUGUAUGCUGCAAAAUUUUAAGGUCAUGCCGAAAAUCUUCAGCAUAUUCCAUACUGAAUGCACCCUGGACCAUUUGAAUAUUCUCCUAAGCCAUCCUGAUAUGUCUAGAUUCUUCACAAGCCAGAGAAUUAACACUUAGCUUUGGCAGAACUAACAGGGAGUGUAUACCAUUAUAAGCAAAAGAUGUAUGUUUGGAUAUUUAUCCUCAUCAGCAUAAUUUACACACUCAAUAAGAUUUCCCAGUAGUGGUAAAGCUGGUGUGCACUGUUUCCCUUUUACCAAGGAAGAGAUUGCGCAGUAGAGGAGGGUGUAGGCAGAUCCUGUUGUAAAUAUUUUUGCUUUUCUGCUAAAUUAUUUUGAUGAUUGUCAUGCUUUACAAUUGUAAAUGGAACCAAGGCAAAAUUUCGACUCCAGCUCUGUUAUUGUCACUGAAUCUUAAAUUCGUUUCUACCAGUAAAUGAUCUAUAAAAGGUAUGACAACAUUAACGUAAUAAUGCAUUUCCAGGUUUACCCUACACUGUAGGUGUACAUACAAUGUUCCUACAGGGUUGUAGCUAAGAAAAUACUCUUCUGGCUAAGAUUUUAAUUGAGCCAGUCACCAUUUUUGGUGAGAGACUUGGAACAAAGUUUUGGUCCCCAACCUUUCGCAACACACCUUGAACCCAAAAACUGCUCAUUGGCCUUUACAGAGUGAUCUUCCGUCAAAAUCCAGCUGGUGAUAUCUUCUUUAUCAGCCGGCGAAUUUCGCCAGCAGUCAGCACUUAGCAACAUCCCUAUUCCUGUGUGUCUGCCUCUCAGUGAUUCCUGGCAUUGAGACUGUAGCAAAAAUCUUUUCAGCCAGUCAGUCUAGAGGUGUCUUCAAACCAUUCAUGGCAUUCCUCUUCUGUGUUUGACCUCACCAUGGUAACAGCUUCGAUAUUGUAGUCAAACAUCUAAUAAGUUUGGAAAACAUCUUGAUAAUUCAUCUGAAGCUUGGCUGCAAUGGUUUUGAGUGUUUCUAGGCAAUUCUUGAUGAUCAAAAGUGUUAAAAUGACCAGCCGAAAGAACAAGGUUAAUGGCCAAGUUGUCAUCAGACCAUUAGAAGACACUCCAAACAAUUACAUCGAUUUCUUGAAUUUACCUUGAGGUUAGGCUAGUGGCAAAGUUCAAGGCAAAUUUUGUUUAAAAAACGACAACCACAAAACCAGUUUCACAGUGAUAAGUGAUACCAAUUCAUACAUUCAAUGUCAAACAAAUAGUACAAAAAAGAAAGAUUUGAUAGAGAGUGUCCAAAUCCCCCAGACGCUCCCCCUGGAUCCGCCACUGAAAUGUUUUAAUAUAGAUCUUUGAUCAUCAUUUUUUUAAUGAUUAAUGUCCAUAGUCUGUUCUUCUACAUGUAUCUUUGUCACAACAGUCCAAACAAUCUCAAGCUUGAAGAGAAACGCAAUGAAGCAAGACGUUCAGACUCAGAAGUGUGGCACAAGGGGCACAGUUGUCUGGCUCCAUACAGCGGAGAUAAUGAGUAUUAUGAAGCUAUAAUCAACUCUAUCCAUGAUACCUCCAAUGGACACAGAGAAGCUGUUGUCACCUUCAUUGGCUAUGAAUCUGAAGGAAGUGAAGUAGUUCCCGUUACGGCACUGAGAAAAACCACAACUGAACAUCAAAAGAACUCAACGAAGAAAAAUAGUGAAAACAGUUUCUUCUUUUCUCAUCUGAAAGGGAAUGAAGCAGAAGAGAUCAUGAGAUUGAAAUAUGGUGAAUAUGAUGAGGGAAGUGAAACUUGUCAAGAUGAGGUGGAUUCAGAGACGGAACAUGAUGUCAUCAGAUCAGAGGUAUCAAUGUCUUCAUCAAAAGCUAAAAAGAAAGGAAAAUUAAAUGUUUCUACCCAGCAUAACAAGAGGCUACCCAAGAACAAGAACAAGAGGCUGCCUAAGAUUAACAAGGAAAACCAUUCCUCCAUCACUGAGGAAGCGAUGCUAAAAUGUGGAGAAAAUCCUCCUGAAUCAACAAGCACAUCAGCAAGGCCACAGAAUAUAACUUUUUCUGAUGUGACUUGUAAGAAGAGUGAUAGUGAAAAUGAGUUUGAUGAUGAAAUGAUAGCAGAUGGUUUUGAUGACCAAGAUAUGGAAAGGCCAUCCUUUACACAGCCUGCCAUACAUCCUUCAGUACCUUUGCUCCUGUCCAAACCUGGAGUUGAGCCAGUUAUCCAGGUUCCAGCCACCAUCAACCGUUAUCUACGGGACUACCAGCGAGAUGGCGUACGCUUCUUGUACCAACACUAUUUUGAAAACACAGGUGCAAUCCUGGGAGAUGAUAUGGGCCUGGGUAAGACAGUUCAGGUAAUUUCUUUUAUUGCUGCCAUUUUGGGGAAGACUGGAACGAAGGGAGACUUAUUUUGCAAAUUUAUGGAUGGCAAGGCGACAGGAAAGCAACAAGGAAAGGCUAGCCAUGAUAAAGGUGCCUUCUUGAUUGUAAGUCCAGGUUCGGUGAUGUACAACUGGAGGGAAGAGCUUGAGACGUGGGGACAUUUUAAGACGGGGCUCUUUCAUGGCAACGCCAGGGAGGCCACUCUGGAACGGGCCUCGAGAGGGCGGCUGGAUGUUGCUUUGACCACUUACGAGACGAUGAGAAAUCAUUUGAAUGAUUUAAACCAAAUCAAAUGGCUGGCUGUGAUCAUGGAUGAAGUUCAUCGCCUUAAAGAUCCUAAAGCUCAAGUAACUGUUGCUGCUAAAGCUCUUGAUGUAAAGAGACGAUAUGGCCUUACAGGGACCCCACUUCAGAACAAAUUGGAAGAGUUCUGGUGUGUUUUGGACUGGGCAAACCCAGGGAGUCUGGGACCGUCUAAAACGUUCAACAGGGAGUUUGGUAAACCAAUCAGGAAAGGGCAGCCUUAUAACGCGACUAAGAGAGAGCUGGCUGUGGGCAGGAAAAAAUCCAAAGAUCUUCAAGAUAUGAUUGGAAGAUGUUUUUUACGAAGGACCAAGGACCUGAUUGCUGAUCAGAUGCCGAAGAAAGAUGAGCUGGUGGUGUUCUGUCCACUGACGGCAUUCCAGGAAGAUGUGUACCAGACUCUUCUACAGAACCCGGAUGUGGAAAUGAUCCGAAAGAAGAACUUCCCUUGUGACUGCGGCAGCGGGGAGGACAGGGGCAAGUGUUGUUACACGCUUAGCUCAGAAGGUGAGCCCAUCAAGACUGUAACCAUGAGGUUCUUUCAGCUGUUGUUGAAAGUAGCCAAUCACGCCGCGUUAUUGGCACCUACCGUGAAACAAUCAGCCGAUCAACAAGAAAAGGCCAAGGAACUUUGUUUGCGAGUGUUUGCCAGGUACCCCGAGUUUUCAGGCGGUGCAGAAAUGUCGUCGUUUGAACUGCUCUCUGACCCGAAGUACUGCGGUAAGAUGAAAGUGAUGGAAAAGCUGUUGAGAGUCUUUAAAGAGGAACACAGCAAAUUACUUGUCUUUUCACGAUCAACACAGCUUCUCAAUAUCUUAGAAGAGUUCGUGAUCAGCAGAGGACUGGUGUACAGUCAUUUGGAUGGAGGCACGAAGCCUGCGGACAGAACACGUUUAGUGCAUGAGUUUAAUAUCGACCCCAGUAUCUCCUUGUGUUUGAUCUCCACUAAGGCGGGAAGCCUGGGACUGAACUUCACUGGGGCCAAUGUUGUGAUAAUAUUUGACCCGAGCUGGAAUCCAUCGAGCGAUCUACAAGCUCAAGACAGAGCAUACCGAAUUGGACAGCGACGAGAUGUAAGGGUGUAUCGAUUGAUAUCUUCAGGAACAAUUGAAGAAAUGAUGUACCUGAGACAAGUUUACAAGCAGCAACUGGCUAACAUUGCCGUUGGGGGCACAAACGAGAGACGCUAUUUCACUGGUGUUGAAGGGGAAAAAGACAGGAAAGGUGAACUGUUCGGCCUGGAGAAUCUGUUUUCUUACCGCGCGGAAGGUGCUAGUCUGUCCAAAGACAUCGUGAAGAGAACGGAGAAACUAGAGGCUGGAUAUGAAGUGGCAAAAUAUGAAAUUGUACACGAAAAGAAAGAGGAAAAUGGCUUAGAGAACCAGGAAAAGGUGAGCGAAGGCACCGUGAAUUCAAACUUAGAGGAAGACCCGUAUAACCUUGAAGAAAUUGCAUCACAGUUGAUCGACGAUGAUGAACCAAGGAAACAAACUCAAGGUACAUCAGGUUCGCAAAAGACGCAGACUUACGAGCUGGAUUUGAAAGAUGAAUCACCUGAGAGGAAACAGAUUGCAAAUCACACCAGCUCUCCUAGAGAAAGGACAGAUAGCAACAAAGAUGCGCGCGAGGAGAUGGAGAGCAAAGGAGCCAAUGACGACGACGACAAUAUUUUAUAUGAGCUUGGCAACAGUGAGUUGUGUUUAAGUGAUGACGGCGAUUCUAUUGAAAAGGAAAUAUCUAGCAUCAAAUUCUUCUCUGUAGAUGCCGAAUGCAUGGAUUCGCCGAUGACAUCUGUUGCGAGAAAGUGCGUGUCUUUUAAAUUAUCACCCAACUCGGACGAAGAAGAACGCGACUCUAACAAGCUCACGAAUAACUUUACAAGACUCAAGGAAAAACCAAGUGCUUCGUUCAUGAGCAGUUCGGGAUCUUUCUCGGAAGAAAGCUGCGAUGUGAUCCCUCCUACGUCGAGUUUAAAUGGUGCAGUUAAGUCGAGAAUAGCGAGAAAGGUUUACGUUGAAGAUUCUGAUGGCCAAAGUGCAUCCAGUGAAAAGGAAGAUCAAAGUUUUGACUUGAGUAAUUCAUCUGAGAAGUCAUCGUCAAGUGAAGACGACUCCGACGAGGGUUUGUUCUCUAGACGAAAACAAUCGCAGCCAGUCUUCAGAAAAAGAAAGAAGCCUGUGACCAUUCCAUUUUCAGAGGCAAGAGCGGCCGCCUUCAAAACAGGACAACGCCGUUUUCGAAGAUUUCCUGGAAAGAAAACUCAAGACAUCGACGUGAAGAGUAAAUCUGUAACAGCAGCGAAACGAUCAAGAAAAGAAACGACGGUUGAAGAAAUCUUCGAAUCUUGCGGAGUUCAUUACACGCAUGCCAAUCGACAUAUCGUUGGACCAAGCGAGGCGGAGAAUCACAUGUCUAAACAGGCGCUGCAAGAUGUGUUUGAGCUCAGACAAUUUUCACAGCAGCCUGCGAACUGUUUUCCCGCUCUGGAGACAAGCGAUGAAAGUGAUGACCUUGGCGAAAGUGCUCAGGAUAAGAAACCGGAAGUCACUCGACGCACAGAUCAACCGGAAGCUGGUAGCAGUCGUGUUGAUAAGCCGCCACUACGCAGCUCGGCUAAAACCAGUAAUGGCGUCACGGUGGAGAGACUUGGCAACAGCGCCAUAUUCAUUGGUUCAACUCCUCGAGGAAUCCGUCGACAACAUUUUCGGGAGAUGUCGGAUGCGCUCGGAUUUAGCUCGGAAAUAGAUCUUGCUAAAGCUGUCGUCAACGGCAACGAAAGCGAUAGGCGGGAAAUGUUAAAGCGUUAUUACGUCGACAAAAAUCCGGUUUUGUCCGGCUUGUCCAGUUUUUCCGACAAGCCUUCAGGCGAAAACAUGAACGAGAAACAGGUUGUUGGAAAUGAAAAGACUUCUUUGGAGAGAAAGCGAAGAGACUACAGCUCCGAAACAGCUAAGAAAUCCAAAAGAAAUAUGCCGAAGCGCAAAUCAAAGACAAAGUCGUAUGGUAGAGAUCAGUGUUGUGAGCAAAGUCUCGAGAGACAUGAAAUGAAGGACCUUGUUAGCGAAAGAAAUUCUCGAAGUAAAAAGCCCCGUUGUAGGGCGACCGCUUUGGAAGGCAAGCACAAGGUUCAACGCGAGAGUUUUGAAGAUGAUUCUGCAAUGAAAGAAGAGAAAGUUAAUUCUGAAGUUAAAAGAAACUGCGGGUUAGAAGAGGCAGGAACCAGUCACUUCCAUCAAACAAAUCAAUUGGAACAAAACGAUGUUAAAACUAAGUCAAAAACAUCGAAAGCUAACGAAGACUCUGUCGCUGAAACUCAAGGGUGUUGUCUUGAAAGCACUUCUGAGCUUUCGGUUUCAAUUUUCGACGAAUUUUUGUUGAGUGAUCCCUCAAGGCGCAGCGCAGAAAUUGAGAAUAGCGGCAGAAGAGUGAACAAGUGGAAACAACGUAAUUCUCAAAAGGAAGGCAAACAGCUGGAUAAGACGAAAGAGAAAGAAACUAUACAAGGGAAGAAAAAUCCCACGUCUGUGUUAGAUGAAUUUAUUUAGGACACACUCAUUUGUUAGCUUGCUGAAGUAAGCUGCAACAAGUCCCGCAUUCACACUAACUAAAUAUAUUUAGUUCAACAAAUCUUUAGACAUUGCCGAAGAGCCUUAAUAAACUGGAGGCAUGAAUUUUACAAGCAAGUUUUACAAAAAGCUCUCAUUUGAAGUUCAAGUACCUCACAAAGGAUCUUUUUAAGCACAAAAUUACCUUUUACCAUAUUUAAAGUUUGCAGUGAAAGUUGUGCGAGGUUAAUCAAUUUUGCUAUACCUCCCAACUCAAAUACGUUUUCCUAUUGGAGGAGAACGUGUCACGUGUCGUGGGUCAAAACACACUAA